AUGGUAGUCAAGAUCCGUCUCGCCCGGUUUGGGCGCCGAAACCAGCCCUUCUACAAUAUUGUCAUUGCCCAUGCCCGGACGGCUCGCAACUCCCGGCCACUCGAGGUCAUUGGCACAUACGACCCAAUUCCUAAGCCCGACCCUUACGACACAUCCGGAAAGCUCCAUAAGGAUAUCAAGCUCGAUAGUCAGCGCGCGAAGUACUGGAUCGGUGUUGGUGCACAGCCCACAGACACAGCCUGGAGGUUACUCUCUAUGGUGGGUAUUCUACCAAAGAAGCAAUUUGGUCCUAAGCAGGACAACGCAAAGGGCGUCAUAGACCGGGAGAAGGUCAGAAUUCGAUGA